AUGAACCUCGCGCUGCAUAGACUCCUGCUGCAGGUUAUCUUGUUGAUCCUUCAGUUACAACAUGACUUCCUAUUGUGCAGCGCGGGGGAACCUGGCUACUUAGAUUUCGAUAAUUUGCCGGAGACGAAUUUUUCAUGCCAGGGAAAAGUUAUCGGUGGUUAUUACGCAGACGUCGAGGCGGGAUGUCAAAUGUUCCAUGUCUGUACCAUUGGUCAAAAAGACGUGGUUACAGACGAGAUAAUGGACAUAAAGUUCCUCUGCCUGAACGGUACGGUGUUCGAUCAGGAAACGAGGGUCUGCGAGCGAGUGGACGAGGUCGACUGCAGCAAGAGUGAACGCUUCUACAACCUCAAUCUCGAACUUUACGGCAACAAUGCCGUGACACUCAGUUUACACGAGGGAGAAGACGAGAAUGAAGAAACACCAGUUGUGAUAGAAGACCACCAAGGCAGCGUAACAACCUCAGCGCAAUCGAGUACAAGUACAACAAGCACGACCACUCAGCGAGCAUUAAUCUCAUCGACAACCGCCGCGAGUGGGUCUUAUCAGCACCCGAGUGGUUAUCCGCAGCAUUACCAGCCGCAGCCGCCAUUCCCGUCCCUUCAAACUAGUCAAUCAAAGUCUCUCUAUGAUGACAAGAACGGCGGUUAUCAUCGACAGUACAUCUAUCACGUUGGCAAUGAGCCCAAUGUCAAUGUCAACAAUAACAACAACAACAACAACAACAACCAGCAAAAUAACAACAACAACAACAACAACCAUCAUCAACAAAAUAAUCAUAACAACGAUAAUCGCGCAACAUCUUAUCAGAUAUUCAACAACCAAGGCGCUAGUUCAACUACUGGAGCACCUCAAGUCCACCAGAUUCAUUACAGUUCAACUUCAAACUCCCAAGUAAGCAUCAAUGGUAACGAUGGGUCCUCAAUUUUCCACCCCACGUCUUCCACGAUCCAGAGCUUGCUGAAUGUAAAUGGAAACUCGAACAAUCCCAGCCUGAUAAAUCCAAUUUUUCACAACGGCGGAAUCUCCAGCAGCACUGAGCACUACAACAACGCUCGCGAGACAGUAGACUACCAGACAGAAGCGAACAACAAUGAUCAGGAUGAUGAAGAAGAUGAUGAAGGUGAUGCUUCAAGGGAUGAAAAUCAAGACAGGAGAUACUUGGAGCCGAUUCAAGCUUCGAACCAGGGAAAAGUUUCAAAGCUAACAACUUCCAGCGGAGUUUCUUCCCACGAGGGCACCAAGUCAAAAAUUACCCAAUCUCAGUUGUUGCAACAUCAACAACACAGCAGAAUACCAACUGGUUUUUUGACUAUCGCGCAGAUGAACAGCGGCGGAGCUCCGCGGCCAUUCUUCCCACCGCCUAAGCCAACUGGCAAAACAACGCACCAGUCUCAGACCUCACAUGUGACUCAGCACAUCCAUAUUCCUCCAGUGCCCCCAAUUCCGCAGCUGAAGCCUCACCAGGUGACGAUCAACCUUCCCCCGCCGGACAUCCAGAGGAUUGUUUCGCAAAACCCUUCGCCGCUGCUGCCUUCCCAGUCUAGGGUUAUCGUCACUGCCAAGGCUAGUGUCAGCGACGAAUCCGGUCGGCCGCUCAACAGCACUCAGUUGGUCACUUUGCCCUUGCCUACUAUUCCCGCCAGCUAUGAUGAUUAUAAGGAAGGCGACGAGUCCUUUGAUCCUUUUUACAGAGACGUCCCGAAAAUUCGCAACACCAGGCGAUCUUACGCCUGGGAAGCUAUGGAAAACUUCAGGCGGUUUAAAAGGUCAAUUGAUGAUGUAAAAGUCGGAACGCCGAUGAGUUAUGACGAAGAAUAUGCUGAUGUAAGUGAGAAUAACGAUACCAAGCUGCUGGAGGUUGAUAAUAAAGAUUAUUUAAAUGAUGAUGAUGAUGAUGAUGGUGAUUAUAAUUUUGAAGGUAGUUAUGAGGUUGAAGGAGAAAAAGAAGAAGUUGAUGGACGUGAAGAGCUUCCGGUAGCUGAGAAACAGGUUGAUCUUGUGGUAAAGGUCGAGGGAAAAAAUAUUUCGGAGGUAGACGGUGAUGAGUUUAACAUCGACAAGAAUCUUACUGCUCUUACUAAUCUUAAUCUUAAUCUUAAUAUGAAUAAUGAAAGUGAUGAUAGUAAGGUUGAAGAGAAGGUGGUGGAGGAGGGGGAGGGGGAGGAGGAAGACUACAUCAGCUCGGAAGAGUACUCUCAAGUCCCGGCGACUGAGUACGAUCUUCUGAUAGACGAGCAGGAUGAUGAGCUGUCAAAUAUUACGGAAUUAAUAGUCACUGAAAUGAUAAAUAAUUCAACGGAGAUAACUAUUACAACAGAUUAUCCAACAACUGUGAAGUCUUAUGAUGUUAGUGAGGUGAGGAAUAAUGAGGAUAGUGAAAAAAAGACUGAUGGAGAUGAAGAUGGAGUUUUGAAAUUCACUGAUGAAAUUCCUUUGUCGAGUAAUGCUGGUUAUGACAAAGAAGAUGAGGAUAAAGUUGAACAAGUUAUUGAGUCUGUACCGGUAUCUUCAAUGCCAAUGGAUUAUGUAGACGAUAAUUAUGAGCCGCAGCAUUACCAGGAUCAAAAGAUUUCGCUUUCUGCUAAUGUUACUACUGAAAAUGAUGACGAGAGAGUAAAAGCUGAAGAAGAAAAUAAUUCAACCGCUUCGGAUGAUAAUUUUAAGGCUGAAGUCGAUUCUAGCACUGGAAUUUUUAUUUCUUUUACUACUCCCGACACGACUAGUACUUCUACUAUGUCUCGUACUACUUCUACAACACCUGGGACUACUUCUUCUAGUUCAACUACAACUACAACCACAACUACAACUACAACUACGACUACAACUAGUACUACAACUUCAAAGCCGUCUAAAACAUUAUUCAAACCAAUUACAACAAGAAAAAAUUACAAUUACAUACCGCCGACUACAACACCAGCUCCAGUAAUAAUAAAAACUCGUUUACCUUUAUUGAAUCCCAAACCAGCAAAGCCACCAAAGUCUUACAAUGAAAUAGCGCCGAAGCCUGUAAUUAGAAAAGUUCCUUUAGUCGCGAAACGGGUUACAACUAUGCGUAAUAUUGAAGUUGAAUCGACAACUAAUUCUAUCGACUUGAACAAAAAUCCACCUGAAGAAAUAGAAGCAAACUUUACUUCUUAUUCUUCAACUUCUACAACUACUGAAGUUCCGACGACUGUAACAAGUACAGCGACUGAAUCUAUUGAAAAAUCCGCCGAAAUGCUCGGAGAUGCAGCGGUCACAUCGUCUUUGGAAGAAACGAAGGUAGAAGUUUCUACGACUUUAGCCCCUGAAUUAGGGAAGAAAUAUUUCACGGUUCGCAAACCAAUUGAUGUGUUUAAUUGUCUAAAUGUUGAUUUGUAUCGCUUCUACGCGGACAAAAGAGACUGCAGGUUGUUCCACUAUUGUUCGCCGGGCUUUACAUCAAGGCAGGUCCUUGAUUUUCGGUUCGUCUGCGAAGAAGGAACUGUUUUUGAUGAAAUAUCUCAGAGUUGCGUUUAUCAAAUGGAAGAUUCAAAGUGUCGGAAGAAAGUUUGGUGA